UUGCUCUGCCACUGCCACUCUACCCCCGGGAGCAAAGCGAAGCUGCAGUGAUAACUUUGGUGUGCAUGGUGGAGUCGCUGCCUGGAACCCUUGGCUUCUGCCGGGUUGAUCUUCAGUACUCCAGCACACCCCUUGCACCGGGACUAUCCUGAGACCCAGCCUAGACCGCUGAGAGGAGUCCUGCGAGCCCUCGGGGCAGUAGGGGCGAUGGAGCCCCGUGGUUGCACAGCGCUCUGGGUGCUGCUGCUGGCGCAGGUCAGUAGUCAGCAGACACCUGCGUGCGCCCUGGGAUCCGCAGCUGCAGCGUCUGAGAGCCCAGGAGCGCUGCAUCCUCCGCCACCUUCCAGCUGGUUGGAAACCGGAGACUAUGACCUGGUGUCUGCCUACGAGGUGGACCACAGGGGGGACUAUGUAUCCCAUGACAUCAUGCACCAUGAGCGACGACGUCGGAGGAGAGCUGCUGCGGCCCAGCCUGGAGGCGAUGCCCUGCAUCUGCGGCUGAAGGGCCCCAGGCAUGACCUCCACCUGGACCUGCAAGCUGCCAGCAACUUGGUGGCUCCUGGAUUCAUGGUGCAAACUCUGGGGAAGGGAGGCACCAAGUCUGUGCAAACGUUUCCACCAGAGGAAUUCUGCUUUUAUCAAGGCUCCUUAAGGUCCCAGGGCAAUUCCUCGGUGGCCCUUUCUACCUGCCAAGGCUUGUUAGGCAUGAUAAGGACAAAGGAUGCUGACUACUUCUUAAAGCCCCUGCCGCCACACCUAACAAGCAAAGUGAACAUGUCUGCACAGGGCGGCUCUCCCUCCCACGUGCUGUACAAGAGAUCCACAGAACCCCAGGCUAUGAGAGAAAACGAAGUCCUGAUGGUCGCCAGGAAGCGAGAUCUGGCAGGAUCUCACCUGCACCAUGACAACUUCCAUCUUGGCCUCCCACAGAAGCAGCAUUUCUGUGGAAGACGCAAGAAAUACAUGCCCCAGCCUCCCAAGGAUGACCUUUACAUCUUGCCUGAUGAGUACAAGCCUAGCUCCAGACACAAGCGCUCCCUCCUGAAGUCCCACAGAAAUGAAGAACUGAAUGUGGAGACACUGGUGGUGGUUGACAGGAAGAUGAUGCAAAGCCACGGUCACGAAAACAUUACCACCUACGUCCUCACUGUACUCAACAUGGUGUCUGCUUUAUUCAAGGAUGGAACAAUUGGAGGAAACAUCAAUAUCGCCAUCGUAGGGCUCAUCCUGCUAGAAGAUGAACAGCCAGGGCUGGCGAUUAGUCACCAUGCGGACCACACUUUGAGCAGCUUCUGCCAGUGGCAAUCUGGAUUGAUUGGGAAAGAUGGAACUCGUCAUGACCACGCCAUCUUACUGACUGGUCUGGACAUAUGUUCCUGGAAGAAUGAACCCUGUGACACACUAGGGUUUGCACCCAUAAGCGGGAUGUGCAGUAAGUACCGCAGCUGCACAAUCAAUGAAGACUCAGGGCUUGGAUUGGCCUUUACCAUUGCCCACGAGUCUGGACACAACUUUGGCAUGGUCCAUGAUGGAGAAGGGAAUAUGUGCAAAAAGUCUGAGGGCAACAUAAUGUCCCCAACACUAGCAGGACGCAAUGGUGUCUUCUCCUGGUCCUCCUGCAGCCGUCAGUACCUGCACAAGUUUUUAAGCACUGCCCAAGCAAUAUGUCUUGCUGAUCAGCCGAAGCCUGUGAAAGAGUACAAAUACCCUGAGAAGCUGCCAGGACAGUUAUACGAUGCAAACACACAGUGCAAGUGGCAAUUUGGAGAGAAAGCCAAGCUCUGUAUGCUGGACUUUAGAAAGGACAUCUGUAAGGCCUUGUGGUGCCAUCGGAUUGGAAGGAAAUGUGAGACUAAAUUCAUGCCAGCUGCAGAGGGCACCCUGUGUGGGCAGGACAUGUGGUGUCGGGGAGGACAGUGUGUGAACUACGGUGAUGAAGGCCCCAAACCCACCCAUGGCCAUUGGUCAGAUUGGUCCCCCUGGUCCCCCUGCUCCAGGACCUGUGGGGGAGGAGUGUCUCACAGAGACCGUCUCUGUACCAAUCCCAGACCAUCUCACGGAGGGAAGUUCUGCCAGGGCUCCACACGCACUCUGAAGCUUUGCAACAGUCAGAAAUGCCCUCUGGACAGUAUGGACUUCCGUGCCACCCAGUGUGCUGAGCACAACAGCAAGCAUUUCCGAGGGUGGCUCUACAAGUGGAAGCCUUACACUCAGGUGGAAGAUCAGGACUUAUGCAAACUCUACUGUAUCGCAGAAGGAUUUGAUUUCUUCUUUUCUUUGUCAAAUAAAGUGAAAGAUGGGACUCCAUGCUCGGAGGAUAGCCGUAAUGUUUGUAUAGAUGGGAUAUGUGAGAAGGUUGGCUGCGACAAUGUCCUUGGAUCAGAUGCAGUUGAGGACUCCUGUGGGGUGUGCAAGGGAAAUAACACAGACUGCAUGAUGCAAAGGGGACUCUACAGUAAGCACCACCAUACCAACCAGUACUACCAUGUGGUAACCAUUCCUUCUGGAGCUCGGAGCAUUCGCAUCUACGAAACAAACACAUCCACUUCCUACAUCUCUGUGCGCAAUUCUCUCAAGAGAUAUUACCUGAACGGACACUGGAGUGUGGACUGGCCUGGACGAUACAAGUUUUCAGGUACCACCUUCAACUACAGACGGUCCUACAAGGAGCCUGAGAGCUUAACCUCCACUGGACCAACCAACGAGACGCUGAUUGUGGAGCUUUUAUUUCAGGGCAGGAACCCUGGUGUGGCCUGGGAAUUCUCCUUGCCAAGGUCAGGUGCUGAGAAGACACCAGCUGCCCAGCCCAGCUACUCAUGGGCCAUCAUGCACUCUGAGUGCUCUGUCUCCUGUGGAGGGGGCAAGAUGAACUCAAAGGAGAGAUGCUACAGAGACCUCACGGUUCAAGUGAAUGCGUCCUUCUGCAACCCCAAGACUCGGCCUGUCACAGGGCUGGUGCCCUGCAAGGUCUCCGCGUGUCCUCCCAGCUGGUCUGUGGGAAACUGGAGUACGUGUAGCCGGACAUGCGGUGGGGGCACUCAGAGCAGGCCUGUGCAGUGCACACGGAGGGCACACUACCAUGAAGAGCGCAUCUCAGCCAGACUGUGUCCACAGCCUUCGCCCCCUGGCCACCAAGCCUGCAACUCUCAAAGCUGCCCACCUGCUUGGAGCACUGGGCCCUGGGCAGAGUGCUCGCGGACCUGUGGAAAGGGAUGGAGGAAGAGAACGGUGGCCUGCAAGAGCACUGACCCCUCGGCCAGAGCCCGGCUGCUGCACGACACUGCCUGCACUUCAGAACCCAAGCCCAGUACCCAUGAGGUCUGCCUGCUCAAGAGAUGCCACAAGCACAAGAAGCUACAGUGGCUGGUAUCUGCCUGGUCCCAGUGCUCUGUGACAUGUGAGAGAGGGACUCAGCAGAGAGUUCUCGGGUGUGCUGAGAAGUACAUCUCUGGAAAAUACCGAGAGCUGGCCUCCAAGAAGUGCUUGCAUCUGCCGAAGCCUGCCCUAGAACUGGAACGUGCCUGCGGCCUGUUUCCCUGUCCCAAGCACCCUCCGUAUGCUGUUGCAAGGCCCCCAAGAGGCAGCUGGUUUGCCUCACCCUGGUCUCAGUGCACAGCUAGCUGUGGGGGAGGUGUGCAGAGAAGGACUGUGCAGUGCCUGCUGAGGGGACAGCCAGCCCCAGAUUGCUUCCUGCAUGAGAAACCGGAGACCUCCUCGGCCUGCAACACUCAUUUCUGCCCAAUUGCAGAGAAGAGAGACACCUUCUGCAAAGAUCUCUUUCACUGGUGCUACCUGGUCCCUCAGCACGGCAUGUGCAGUCACAGGUUCUACAGCAAGCAGUGUUGCAACACCUGCUCCAAGACCAACCUGUGAGCUGGGACCAGUCCUGGCAGCAAGAAGAUGAUGCCCGUGUGGCAGAGAGAGGUUAGCCCAGAUGCAGUGCAGUGUGCACUGAGGUGCAUCCA